AUGGCACUGGAGGACGCGGAGAAGACUGCUGUCGUAAGGUCCAAUGAUGGCAGCGUCGCAUCUGAGCUGCAGGCUGUCGAUGCUAAGGCUUUGUUCAAGGAGCGGUUGUGUCUAAAACUCGACCUUCACAUCCUAGUACCAAUGCUAUUCCUGAAUGUUCUGUCGCUAAUGGGUCGCACAAACAUUGGCGCCGCCCUUAUCCAGGAGCUGCCAGCUGACUUCCACCUCACUGCGAUGAGGGUGUUCUUAGCCACAACUAUGCCGCUCGUCAUGUUGAUUCUCUUUGAAGUGCCUAGCAAUCUUCUUAUGAAAUGGCUGGAGGCAAAGUUCAACCUCAGCUACAUGCGUUACCUGAGUUUGAUCACCGUCUGUCUGGGCCUUGUGACUCUAGGACAAGCAUUUGAUAAGACGUACAGCGCACUCCUUGCCACGCGAUUUGUCAUUGGUAUCUUCGAUGCUGGUCUGAUUCCAGGCUGUGUCUUCAUCCUGUCCCUUUACUAUCCGUCCAUCCACAUGCAAUGGCGCAUGUCGAUGUUGAUGGUUGCCAAUCUGAUCAGCAAUAUUGUGUCAAAUAUCUUGGCCUUUGCCAUCGCCGAGAUUCGCAACCAGAAUGGCUGGCAUGGAUGGCGUUGGAUUUUCCUUGUAGAAGGCUGCCUGACCAUGGUGAUCGGUUUGGCUUGCUGUACAAGCAAUACUGGUCGUCCAGAGAAGGCGAACUUUUUAACCCAGGAAGAGAAGGAUAUUAUUUCAUUGAGCGUUGAGUCGCGCGUCUCCACAAUUGGUUACGUUGCUGAGUGGGAAGUCUUCUUCAGCAACAUUUUGAAUUACGUUUGGGCCAGUCUAUACGUGUUGACCUGCUCGACCACCUACUCUGUCGCCCUCUUUGCACCAUCUUUUGUCAAGGUGUUCAAACCACAUCUAUCAACUCCAGCUAUCCAGGGCCAAGUCGUUCCGAUCUUUGUUGUAUCAGCCGCUACUUGUCUGCUGGUUGCCUGGCUAGCAGACCGCACCAAUCACCGUUCAACCUAUGCCAUCAUCGGCUACAUCUUCACCAUUAUUGGUUAUCUUAUUCUCCAUUUUCCUCGGCAUUACGGUUCUUCUGUAAUGAUGCUGGGCUUAUACUUCGUCUCCAUCGGCACAUAUAGCUCACUGCCCAUGGUCUGGACCCUAACCACGCUCAAUCUGGCGACACCACUACAAAAGGCUAUCGGCUCGGGCUUCGUAAUUGGCAUCGGGAAUGCGGCUGGCUUCGUCUCGGCCUGGAUCUUCCGCACCUCGGAGGCGCCUUAUUACAAGUCUGGUAUGGUAGACGGUCUUAUUCUGACUUGCUGCGCUGCUGGGCUCACUGCCGUCACCUGGGUUUACAUUGAAUGGCACAAUAGGAAAACUUCCCGUACAUCUGACAAUAUUGAAAGCUUGAGUAGCGGUGUGGUGUUCAAAUACCGUUCAUAG